AUGGAUAGAUUACUACCUUCAGGUAUCCCGCCAAAUCAUGGAGCGAUGGGUGUUAAGUCAAAAUUCACGCCAGAUGAGGACUUAAAGCUGAAACAAAUAGUCGAAUCGCAAAAAGGUCCAUUUUCAUGGAAAGAAAUUUCCAAGCUAAUGGUAACUAGAACUCCCAGACAGUGCAGAGAAAGGUAUAAAAACUACUUGAGUGACGAUAUUAAACACGAUCAGUGGUCACCUACGGAAGAUAAAUUAAUAAUUAAACUUUAUAACGAGUAUGGUAACAAAUGGAAUAUUAUUUCCAAAUACAUUAAAGGCAGAACAAGCAAUGCAAUACGUAACAGAUGGAAAUAUCUUAUUAAAAACGGUUGUAACCAAAGUUCGGCGCAUUCGACUUCAACCGUUGAAGAUUCUGAAGACUCAAAUUAUGGACCUGUAGAAAAAGUACAAGAAAAAGCUGAUAAUCCCUCAGAUAUUUUUUCAAAUGAAGGUCUCAUGGACAGAAUGAUCAAUACAAUUUUCCCACAAGGAAAGCCUAAUAAUCUUUUUGAGAGCGAUGAAGAUCUAAGCAUAUUUGUCAGCUAA